UAGCAGGAGUUCGUUCAGAGACCAUUUCUGUGCCACAGGAAAUAAAAGCAUUGCAGCUGUGGAAAGAGAUAGAAACGCGACAUCCUGGGUUGGCUGAUGUUAGAAAUCAGGUGAUAUUUGCUGUUCGUCAAGAAUAUGUGGAGCUUGGAGAUCAGCUCCUCUUGCUUCAACCAGGAGACGAAAUUGCCAUUAUCCCCCCCAUUAGCGGAGGGUAGUGCUUUUGAGCCAACUGGGAAAGAUAUGGAUGAAGUUGAAGAGAAAUCUAAAGAUAUAAUAAAAUUCACUGCUGAGAAACUUUCAGUAGAUGAAGUCUCACAAUUGGUGAUUUCUCCACUCUGUGGUGCAACAUCCCUGUUUGUAGGGACUACGAGAAAUAACUUUGAAGGGAAAAAAGUCAUUAGCCUAGAAUAUGAAGCUUAUCUACCAAUGGCAGAAAAUGAAGUCAGAAAAAUUUGUAGUGACAUUAGGCAGAAAUGGCCCGUCAAACACAUAGCAGUGUUCCAUAGACUUGGCUUGGUUCCAGUGUCAGAAGCAAGCAUAAUCAUUGCUGUGUCCUCAGCCCACAGGGCUGCAUCCCUCGAAGCUGUGAACUAUGCCAUUGAUACUUUAAAAGCCAACGUGCCCAUAUGGAAAAAGGAAAUGUAUGAAGAGUCAUCAUCAUCUUGGAAAAGAAACAAAGAAUGCUUUUGGGCAACCAGUGAUUAAUCAUAAAUGUUUAGAGCACUAAAUCUUAAAUUUGGUAAACUUUUAUUGUUAAUCACAUUUUGCUUUUUCUUCUCAACUAAUUAAGAUAGAAUAGUUUACUGAAGUACACUCUCUUAUGUUAUACCAGUGGGACAAAAGGGAGAAAAAGAAAGCAAAAUAAAUGGGUAUGUGGGAUGAGGGUUAUUUAGCAGCUAGAGAUAGAGAAAAAGGGCUUUAGGGAGGAAAUGAGAUAAUUUAUAGGUGGGGAAACAUGUCUGUGAUAGACUUAUCCUUUCAUGACAUUUCUAACUGUAGCUCAGCUGACACUGAGGUAUGGCCCCUCCUCUCUGACUUUAACUGUCUCAGAGAGAGCAUUCUCCACCCCAUCCCCCAGUCCAAUGAUAGCAUUGUCAUCAGGGAUGCAUUCUAGAAAUGUUGGCAGAAUUGGAAAGUAUAAAAAGUCAUCAACCGCGCCAGCACCUUGGGGCCCGCCCGGUGACCUGAGGCAUGGAGCCAGGGACCAGACACACCCCACAACCAGGCACACUGCCAACGCCAAGUAGUAUGCCAAAAACAUCACAUCCAUGUGGGUGGCCCACCACAGCCACCACAAUAACCGUGGCUACCGUGAAAGGGGGCUGGAUGCCACAACCACCAUGCAGCUGGUCUGCCAACCACUGGAGUGCAUUGACACAAGGAGAGUCAUCAGCAGAGAUAAAGAAAAGAAGAGGAUGUCUCUCUCCACAAAGCCCAUUUCAGACUGACAGAAGAAGCAUCUGCUCCAUGAAAAUAUUGGGGGACCUGAUCACAUCUCUCAGCAUUGGACAGAUCAUCUAGGCAACAAAUCAACAGAGUAACCAAUAUUCUUUCAGAAGGAGAGGAGAAAUCUAGGUUAAUUGUGGCAGGGGAGAGAUUGGACAAGGGGCAUAAAAAAUAAUUAUGAUUUGUAACAAAAUAUAUGCUAGUAAUAUUGAUUUGAUCAACAUAUCUCAAUGUUGAACCCUAAAAAUAUGUAUAAUCAAUUUUGAUUCAAUGAAUUAAAAAAAGUCACCUGACAAUUGUGAUAUUAUAUAUUUUUAGAACUUAUGUAUAUUUUAAAAACUAAGUAAACCCGAUUGAAAGUUUUAAAA